CGGCGGCGGCGGCGCCGCGCCAGUCUCGCGAGAGCAGCGCGCUGGGGCAGGCGGCUCUCGCGAGAGCGGCGGCCACCGGACCCAACAUGGCGGACGAGGAGGUGGCCAAGCUGGAAAAGCAUCUGAUGCUUCUCCGCCAGGAAUAUGUAAAGCUGCAGAAGAAACUAGCGGAUACAGAAAGGAGAUGCAAUCUUCUGGCUGCCCAGGCUAACCAAGAGAAUGCCAGUGACACUUUCAUCAGUAGACUUCUUGCCAUUGUAGCUGAACUCUAUCAGCAGGAACAGUACAGUGAUCUGAAGAUAAAGGUUGGGGACAAGCGCAUCAGUGCUCACAAAUUUGUGCUGGCAGCACGCACUGAGACUUGGAGUCUCGCCAACCUAGUGUCAACAGAGGAGCUGGAUCUGUCAGAUGCUGACCCAGAGGUAACUAUGGCAAUGCUGCGCUGGAUCUACACAGAUGAACUUGAGCUGAGAGAAGAUGAUAUCUUCUUGACGGAGCUCAUGAAAUUAGCUAAUAAAUUUCAGCUCCAGCUGCUUAGGGAAAGAUGUGAGAAAGGAGUUAUGUCACUAGUUAAUGUCAGGAACUGUAUUCGUUUCUAUCAGACUGCUGAGGAGCUGAAUGCUAGUACUCUUCUGAACUAUUGUGCUGAAAUAAUUGCUAGUCACUGGGAUGAUUUGCGUAAAGAAGACUUCAGUAGCAUGAGUGCUCAGUUAUUGUAUAAAAUGUUCAAAUCAAAGACAGAAUAUCCUUUGCAUAAGGCUAUUAAAGUUGAGAGAGAGGAUGUAGUCUUCUUAUAUCUUAUUGAAAUGGAUUCACAGCUUCCUGAGAAGCUCAAUGAAUUGGAUCACAAUGGAGAUCUUGCUUUAGAUCUGGCCCUGUCCCAAAGACUGGAGAGUAUUGCAACUACCCUGGUCAACUACAAGGCUGAUGUAGAUAGGGCAGACAAGAAUGGCUGGAGUCUGUUACAUAAAGCCAUCCAAAGAGGAGAUAAAUUUGCUGCAAACUUUCUCAUUAAAAAUGGUGCCCGUGUGAAUGCUGCUACACUGGGAGACCAGGAGACUCCUCUGCACCUUGUGGCAUCAUACAGCCCCAAGAAGCAUUCACCAGAUGUCAUGGCAGAGAUGGCACAGAUAGCAGAAUCCCUCUUACAGGCUGGAGCCAAUCCAAACAUGCAGGACAGCAGAGGAAGGACUCCAUUACAUGCAUCAAUUGUGGUCAGGAAUGAACCUGUAUUCAGUCAACUCCUCCACUGCAAACAACUAGACUUGGAACUGAAGGAUCACGAGGGAAGCACAGCUCUAUGGCUUGCAAUUCAGUAUAUCACCGUAUCCUCUGAUCAAUCUGUAAAUCCUUUUGAAGAUGUCCCUGUUGUAAAUGGAACCUCAUUUGAUGAGAACAGUUUUGCAGCAAGGCUGAUCCAACGAGGCAGCAAUACAGAUGCACCAGACACAGUAACAGGAAACUGCUUGCUUCAGAGGGCAGCUGGUGCUGGAAAUGAGGCAGCUUCUCUCUUCCUAGCAACUCAUGGAGCAAAAGUCAAUCACCAAAACAAAUGGGGAGAAACACCCCUGCAUACAGCAUGUAGGCAUGGCCUAGCAAACCUGACAGCAGAACUUCUGCAGCAAGGAGCCAAUCCUAACAUCCAAACUGCAGAAGCAGUUCUCUGUCAAAAGGAUGCAUCUUCUCCAACAGUAGAGAAUGUCUAUCUGCAAACUCCCCUUCACAUGGCUAUUGCUCAUAAUCAUCCAGAUGUGGUGUCGGUCAUCCUGGAACAAAAAGCUAAUGCUCUUCAUGCUACCAACAACUUGCAAAUCAUUCCUGACUUUAGUUUAAAGGACUCGAGAGAUCAGACUGUGCUGGGAUUGGCUUUGUGGACAGGCAUGCAUACAAUAGCAGCUCAGCUGCUUGGAUCUGGGGCAUCCAUCAAUGACACAAUGUCGGACGGGCAGACUCUACUACAUAUGGCAAUACAGAGACAAGAUAGUAAGAGCGCACUGUUUCUGCUGGAACAUCAGGCAGAUAUAAAUGUCAGAACACAAGAUGGAGAGACUGCCCUACAACUAGCCAUAAAAAACCAGCUCCCUCUUGUGGUUGAUGCUAUUUGUACUAGAGGAGCAGACAUGUCUGUGCCAGAUGAGAAAGGAAAUCCACCUUUAUGGCUUGCUUUGGAAAACAACUUGGAAGAUAUUGCAUCAACUCUGGUUAGGCACGGCUGUGAUUCAACCUGUUGGGGGUCAGGACCAAGUGGGUGCUUACAGACUCUUCUUCAUAGAGCUAUUGAUGAAAACAGUGAACAAAUAGCAUGCUUUCUUAUUCGCAGUGGUUGUGAUGUGAAUAGCCCUAGAAAGCCAGGUCCUAAUGGAGAAGGAGAAGAAGAAGCUCAUGAUGGACAGACACCCCUGCACUUGGCAGCCUGCUGGGGACUAGAAGAGGUGAUCCAGUGCCUUUUGGAGUUUGGUGCCAAUGUCAAUGCUCAGGAUGCAGAAGGAAGAACUCCAAUCCAUGUUGCCAUUAGCAACCAACAUAAUGUUAUCAUUCAGCUUAUGAUUUCACAUCCAGAAAUAAAGCUAAGUGUACGUGACAGGCAAGGAAUGACUCCCUUUGCGUGUGCUAUGACGUACAAAAACAACAAGGCAGCUGAAGCAAUUCUGAAGAGGGAGCCAGGAGCUGCUGAACAGGUUGAUAAUAAAGGUCGGAAUUUCCUUCAUGUAGCUGUUCAGAAUUCUGACAUUGAGAGUGUGCUGUUCCUGAUAAGUGUCCAGGCCAAUGUAAACUCUCGGGUCCAGGAUGCCUCAAAACUAACACCUCUCCACCUGGCUGUACAAGCUGGCUCAGAGAUCAUUGUGCGUAAUCUGCUGCUUGCAGGUGCCCAGCUGAAUGAAUUGACUAAGCAUCGUCAGACUGCUCUUCACUUAGCAGCUCAGCAAGACUUGCCCACAAUUUGUUCAGUUCUUUUGGAGAACGGAGUAGACUUCGCAGCUCUGGAUGAAAAUGGAAACAAUGCUCUUCAUCUGGCAGUGAUGCAUGGCCGUCUAAACAAUAUCCGGGUCCUCCUCACAGAGUGCAAUGUAGAUGCAGAAGCCUUUAAUAUUAGAGGCCAAUCACCAAUGCAUAUUUUGGGACAAUAUGGGAAAGACAAUGCUGCAGCCAUCUGUGAGCUCUUCUUGGAGUGCAUGCCAGAAUACCCUCUAGACAAACCUGAUGCUGAAGGAAACACAGUGCUCCUUUUGGCAUAUAUGAAGGGGAAUGCUAACUUGUGCCGUGCAAUAGUGAGAGCUGGGGCUCGUCUUGGGGUUAACAAUAAUCAAGGAGUCAACAUCUUCAACUACCAGGUUGCUACAAAACAGCUUCUCUUUAGACUGUUGGAUAUGCUGACAAAAGAACCUCCCUGGUGUGAUGGCUCCAACUGCUAUGAAUGCACUGCCAAAUUUGGAGUCACAACAAGAAAGCAUCACUGCCGACACUGUGGACGUCUGCUCUGCCAUAAGUGCUCAACAAAGGAGAUUCCUAUCAUAAAAUUUGAUUUGAACAAGCCAGUUAGAGUUUGCAACAUCUGCUUUGAUGUCCUGACUCUAGGAGGAGUCUCCUAGUAUGCUGUGGAAGUAAAGGGAUUCCUAGUCAGUGCUCCUGACAGCAGCUCUGCUUACAAGCCCUGUGGACAGGGAAGAGGAGGCCUAUACAUGUCUUCUGCAAUAGACUCAACUAAUUAAGGACCCUGUUAUGAUAUAUUCCAGUAUAAAUGAUUUUGUAUGACUGUAAAUGUAUUGGGCUGUGAUAGACUUCACUAGGAAUUUGAGUGGAUCAUUGAUGCCAAGUGACAAACGGGAAUUUAGACCCUCUUGCAGUGGGGUACGGAAGCUAAAAUUGGUAGGCUGGUCUUUGAAUCAUCAUAAAACAGGUCUGUCCUUGACAUGGUGCUUUGCACUGAGCAACUCUAUUAAGUCCUGUUGCUUUCAGGCUGCUUAGUAGAGAUGGCAUUAAGUUUCAGGGUAACCAGGUAUUUUUCUUUGCUUUGUCUUAAAGAUAAAUGUUCCCCUUCUCUAGAGAAGACUUCUUGUGAAGCUAGACUGAGCUGUUACAACCACUGUUCAUUUCAAGAAACUUUUUAAAAAUGGGGUCUAGUUCUAAGCAUAGUUCAAGAAUUGUGGCCUUACAAUGGAAAGCUUUACAACAUCUGAUGCAAAGCAGUCAGAAUUGCAGAUCCACAUCUUAAUACCUCCUCAGUAAAUGUCUUAUUAGCUUUAGCAAGUUCAAGAGUGCAAGAUUGUUUUUAAGUAGAAAAUAUUCUUGCUCACACCUGCUAGACCUAUCAAAGCCUAGUUUGUUGCACUUUCAUAUUUACAUUACUAGUCUUUUCAGUUCAUGAAACUUGUGUAUUAGUGGGGGAAAAAACCCUAAGAAGCAUAAGUGCUCUAAGAGAAGACCUAAGCUUAAUGUUAAAUGGAUAAACACUAAAACCAGUUAAGUAGUCUAACUUGCUAUAUACAGCAAUAAAUGCUGAAGUGCAUUAUGAAUCAUACGAGGGAGACUAGCGCUUUCCUUGAAUUUAAGAACCUUGGUUAAUUGCUGCAGGAGAGCCAGUCACCCUACCAGUGUAGCAUUUGCUGUCCAUCUAGACGAUCAGUUCACAUCCAGUUUCAGCAGGAUUGCCAGUGAUCAGGAGCAUUUGUUUGGAGGCUUACUGCUAAUAUUAAGCACCUGGCUUUGAAGAAAGGAUUCUGAAUCUACGAUACAGUGCCAUGCUUCUAGAUUAAGCUGCAGUAUUUAAAUCUAGGCUGGCUAUGGUCUCUGAAGAUGCUGAAUCUGAAACUGCAACAUCACAUUGUCCAGGUAAAGAGGAAAUCACUUUGCUGUUGAACAAGAUUAUGGUUUGGGCAAAGGCUUCUGUCAGAAAUAUGUACUUAAAACUAUUUUAAAUGCCUUCUUAAGGCUUUAUUCAUCCCAAAAGAAGACUCUAGUUUAAACUCACUCAGUACUCUUCAGCUUUACUUUAUGAACAACUUGUGUGCAUUUAUUUACUGACUGUUACAUGAGGUGUAGAGUAAGGAGUUCAUGAUAAUGACAUGCUGCCCUGUUUUGGAAUAGUGACUUCUUGAUCUUUCUCAAGUGUAAGAUGAGAGGAUGAGCCAGACUGCUACUGUUUUUUAUAGGAGACUUGCUUGAGGUCGUGCUCCAAAACUUGUGCAGGAAAACUUUGGGAGAUGGUAUAAAUGCUGACAUUUGCACAAUCAACUUCACAUCAAGUCUUGCUGCACUUUGAUCUUCCAAUAUGUGUAUAUUAUAACUGGAAUCCUGAACUUUGUAACACUAGAGAAGAAUAGUGGAUGAUGCUAAAUACAAAUUUGCCUCAUUGUUUAAUGUCUGCUGCUGCCGUGUUCCAACAAAAUACCCUAGGUAACACAACUAGUGUGUGCAACACCAGUUCCUAACACAAAUGAUGCAUCUCUAGCAUAACUUGUUUUAUAUACUGCCUUUUAAGCUUGUUCAUGGAUGAGAGACCAAAAAUAGGGUGUCUAAAGAAUUCAGCUGCAAACUACAGCUUGUUUUUUUGGUAAGCAAAAUAGAUCAUGGACAACAUAAUACUUCUAGUCUAGCGCUUCCUGGUGUUACAAGUUAACAUUGCCUGUCGAUUUUGAAUAGUGAAAGGUAACUUUUAACAGAAUAAUGGAAAGGGAGAGUGUAUUAAAUCUUGACUGUAUAAUAUCCCAUGAUAACAUGUUAACCUCUUAGUUUGGAACUGCAAUACUGUUUAGUGUGUACCUGGAAGAAAACUCCUCUAGCAUCUUUUAGUCUUCUAAGGCUACAGCCUGUGGACUUCAACAUAAUUGGAAAACUGUAGAACAUGUAAUUGCUAAACUAUUUAAACUUUUUUUUUUUUCAGUAACUUCCCUGAUGGAAGGGGCAAGGGAGCAGGGAGCUCUCAGUUUUAACAGAAUAAGCAACCUUUUAAAGUAAUGAUGAAAAUAUGCACUAAACCUUCAGCUUAACUAAAUGCAAGCUUAAGGCUGGUUAGUUUGCUUGUGGAAGGUGGAGAAUGUAUUGUGACUGCCUGAAACUUUCAUCUGCAGAAUUACACUUUGAUUUUCCCACCUUGCCGUAUACAGCCAGUACUAUCCCAGCUUUUUCCCACUGAAGUCUGCAAGGAAAGUUAAGGCUAUUGAUAGAGACUAAUGUGCAGCCUAGAGUGUUCAUUAAAUUCGAAGUAACUAAGUCUAGUAAAUUUGAUUAAUUUAAAGUGCCUUUGAGAUAGUUUUCUUACAGCCAACUCUAAACAGCUUUCUGCCAGAGUUAAAGGGGAGACACUUGCAACUUGAACCAAAACCCUAACUUAGUUCUCUCCUAGUCAUUAUUUCAACUGAAGAGGUGGUUGGCACCAAAUAAUUGGUGGGGCUCAAUCCCUUAUGCAGUCUGGUACUGGUCUGAGAUAUUAGGCAUCUGGUAGUCUUUGGAAGUUUUGCUGGCAAUGCCCCAUUGUAGGACACAGACUCAAAUGGAGGCAUUUGGUAACAUAGUGAUGGUCAACACAUUUCCAAUUCCAUAAACAAAUGCACUUCCUUUUUUUUUUUUUUGUGUGUGUGUGUGUGUGUGUAGCAUACUUAGUUGUGACCAAAAUGUCCACCCCUUUUGCCCCCUACUGUCCUUGAGCAGUGUCUGUCACCUUGAGACAAAUACGCCAAGCAUUGCUCAAGAGGGUCUAUGGAAAAUGAACUGUAUUCCUGUCCCUGGAAAGCAAUGUUGUCAGACUAGGCUUUGGGCACUUCAACAGGGCUGCAUGGAAAGUCUGUGAUAGCUCAUACUGUAGCUCCGUGGUCUGAGACUGGAUUCCUUUUGAUUUAGUCAUCCAGCACUCUUACACAAGCACAAAAUGUGGUCUGGCUAAAACUUGCACCUUCCUCGAAUAGAUACAUGAAGUAAUCACUGCUUCACACCACUAAGACUGAGAAUGUUGGUGUUUAAAGGUACUAACAGCAUUACAAGUUGCUUGCUAAAAGUUGACAGAUGCCUUAAUGACUUCCUGUUUUGGAGAUCUGACUUGUACAACUUCUCACACAGCGCAUGUCAAUUAACAUGUAACGAUAGGGGAGGCCAAGGCUGCAUCUUUGUUAUAGAUCAAAUGUAGUAAGAGGCAAGUCUCAAUUUCUUUAACAGCAGGGUUGAAUAUUUCAGCAAAUUCAUCUUUACAGAAACAAGGUUUAGAAGGUUCGGUUAUUUAUCACCCAUAAUAAUAUGUUCUGUGAAAUAGAAAAGGAAGUCCGAGAACAAUGGCAUUUUAUCUGCAAUGUUCGUCUGCAGUCAUUGUAAAAAAUGUAUUUUUCCAAUAUGCAUUACUUUGUUGUGUAAUGAUUAUACUUGUAAUAAAAUGCAUAACUAGAUAAUGCAUCAUGAUGUGGAAACACUGCUACUAAAGAAUCUCUGGUUGCAUAAGACCGCUGCCUCCUCCCCAAGCUAUCUUUAUGAAGGCUUAAAAGCCAAAGGGAAACUAGGGUGUUAUCAUAGUCAGUGGGGCAUUACAACUUUCUCUGUUCUGUAAUUUAUUCUAGAUACUCAAUGUAAUGUUUCUGUAGAACAAACAACUUCUAGUAUGCCCCUAGUUUACAUCAUUUAAGUCCAGUGCAGACUACCUAUAAUCACUUGUAUAAAACAACUCUAACCUUUUACCAGACAGAGCUGGCACAUGAUCUAAAUCAUGUUUGGCUCUGAUAUAGUUAUAAAAUCGACAAUCUGAGCUGAGUUCACUAAAAAUAACAUACUAUUUUGAAUUGUCACAUAUUAGCAGGUAAUCUACCCUGAAGGCAGAGUAUAUAAUUACUGCAGCUUAUUUUUAACAAAGGAAAGCUUCAGUACAAUAGCAAAACCAGCCAAAAGCAUUUUGAUAGGAGUAUUAAAACUUAAAGUACAGCUAAUAAAGAUUGAACUGUGACUAUCACUGGAACAUUUAUUUCUUCUUCAACAGUCAAAAGUUCCUUCUUCCCCUCCUUCCCCACCCUGGGGAGAAAUUUGCUUAGAUUUUUUUUUUAAUUAGGGUAGUAAAAAUAAAACAAUCUUGGAACAGA